AUGGACGACUUUCACAAAGCACUCCUAUCCACAUUCGCCCGCGUCAGCGAAUACAUGACCAUCCUCGUGAACCGCAUAGUAAACAUGUUCUCCUCUCGGCUUCACCCCAUCCCACCCUUCGUCAAUAAUGACGAUUUUCCGGUAUGGGAGGCCCGCGUUCGCGGGGCAUUGCAGAAGCGAGGGCUAUUGGAGUACAUAGAUCCCGGCGUUGAGGAACCCGGGGAGAAGGACUCGAGGGAGUGGGAUGUGUGGGAGUUUGAGAGUGGGGAAGUGUUUGAGUUUUUGGAGCAGAGCCUCGGGAAUGGAGUGUAUAGGAGGAUGACUGGGUUGGGGUGGGAUCCGAUGGAGAGAGAUCCGCGGAGGUGUUGGGAGAUGGUGUUCAAGGCGAUUGCGGAUGCGCCCCAGGUUGGGGGGAGGGGGGAGGUUAGAGAGAGAGGAGGGAGUGAUGAGAUGAAGGAGGAAUGUCUUACUGAGCCAUGA